AAAUAAAGUGACAUUAAUAGAAAUUUGAUAUUAUUUUUUGUAAAUAAUAAUUAUAAAUUAUAAUUUAUAAAUAAUUAGUAAUUGAUAAUUAAAAUAAACCGCGAGUUAAUUGAUUUGAGUAAGCAAAAAAAAUUGAUUACGAUUUUUUACUCCAAAAUAUUUUUGUCGGCUAUUUUUUAAAGCUGAUUAAUAAUUAAUGAAUUAAAAAUAUUAAUUAUUUUGUUGAUGAAAAAUUUUUAAAUGGCUCACUGUGAUUAUUGUUGAUAAUUAUAACUAGUUUGUGGCCGUGUUGAUCAACAAUGGCUGGAAACUUUUGGCAAAGUUCACAUCAUCAACAAUGGCUAUUAGACAAACAAGAUUUGAUUAGAGAACGACAAUUCGAUCUUACGGUACUCAAUGAAGAAGAGUAUCAAAAAUUAUUCAUUUUUUUUGCUAAUUUGAUUCAAGUACUUGGAGAACAAUUAAAAUUACGUCAACAAGUGAUAGCAACAGCAACAGUUUAUUUCAAACGUUUUUACGCAAGAAAUAGUUUAAAAUGUAUUGAUCCUUUAUUGUUGGCGCCAACUUCGGUAUUUUUAGCAUCUAAAGUUGAAGAGUUUGGUGUUAUUUCAAAUACACGUUUAAUAACAACAUGUCAAACUGUUGUAAAAAAUAAAUUUAACUACGCCUACACUCAAGAGUUUCCAUACCGCACAAAUCACAUUCUGGAGUGUGAAUUUUAUCUUCUAGAACAUCUGGACUGCUGUUUGAUAGUUUACCAACCGUAUCGACCUCUUCUGACUUUGAUCCAAGACGUUGGACCCGACGAUCAAUUACUUACUCUGGCUUGGAGAAUCAUCAAUGACAGUCUGAGAACUGAUGUAUGUCUUCUGUACCCUCCUUAUCAAAUAGCUAUCGGAUGCUUGCAAAUUGCAUGCGUGAUACUGCAGAAAGACUUGAAGUCGUGGUUCGCUGAACUGAAUGCCGACAUGGAGAAAAUUCAAGAAAUAGCUCGUUAUAUCAUAAACCUAUAUGAGCUAUGGAAAACAUAUGAUGAGAAAAAAGAGAUUCAGGGCUUACUUGCUAAAAUGCCAAAACCUAAAGCCGCACCGCAACGCUGACAUGACGAUGAAUUCGGCAUUUAUGAAUCCACAUAAACGUCAUUCAGAUAUAUAUUUAUCAUUAUUAUUUAAUAAAAAUUAACUUACGCAUCCGUCAUGUUAAUCAUUGUCAUAUAAAAUAAGUUAAUAUGUUAUAAGUAGACAUGUCAAUCAAUUUUUUGCUCCGUAACUAUUAAUCUCCGAAAAAAAAUUACACGAAAAAUAUUUUUUUUCAUACCAGCAUUGAAAUUCAAAGUUUCAGUGUCUCUACAGCCAGUCGAAAGAAGUGACUUUCAGUCCGAUGUUGCGAAUUAAUAUUAGCAAACGCGUAAUUGUAAAUGUAAAUGACUUCAGUCAGCGGGAAGAAACAUGCGUUUACAAACAAACAAAUAAAGUUUCUGCCCGUUGACUGAAGACUUUCGCAAUUUAAACUCUGAUACGUCAUUUUUUUAAUAGUAAUUUCAGACCAUUAAUUUUGUUUACGUAAAUGACAGUUCUGACUGUAAUUAAGUUUCAUAAAAAUUAGUGUCAAUAAUAAAUAGAAUUUAUAGUUUCUGCUUAAUUAUAAAUUGCAAAUGACAAUUUACGCUUACGCUCAUAGUCGGUCUUAAGUUAAUUUGUUUCUGACUGGCUGCUGACACUGAAACUUUGUUCCAAUGCAGGUAAUCAUGGAAAAUGUAGUGUGUAACUCAGGAUGAAACUUGAUUUCCACCUGCGGGUGAUGUCAGCCUUCACCCUGGUCUGAAAUCGUUUUGUUUCGUCCCUUGUCACACAAUAUACUCUCUCCAAACAGGAUGUUUUGUCUAAAGAUCGAUCUGUAAUUUAUCCGGAAAUGAAUAGUUGGCGGCCUAAAUUUCUAAGUAUUGAUCUUUUUAUGUUCUCCCAUCUAAAGUAGUUGAUGUAAUUAAUCAUACAGUUUUUUAAAUUUAAAAAAUUAACAAUUCGAUAUUUAUUGUUGAGUUGUCACUAGAUUAAAGAGAUGGAGUGAAUAAUUAAU